GCCCGCGCCCUUGUCUUUGUCUCCUCCUCCGCCUGACCUCCUCGCGCACCAGGACCAAGGACCGCGCGCCGGCCACUCCCAGGCCCAGCACCGCCGCGCCCGAUCGAUGGCCUCCGUCGCCCGCCGCCUCGUCGCGCUCGCCGCCGUCCUCGUCUUCCUGGGCUUGGGCGCGGCGGACGAUGGGGAGGUGCGCGCGCUGCUGGCGCUGGGGUCCGCGCUGGACCCGACGGGCCGCUUGCUCCCGUCGUGGGCGCCCGGGCGGGACCCCUGCGCUCCGGCGGGCCGCGGAGGGUUCGAGGGCGUGGCCUGCGAUGCUAGAGGGGCGGUCGCCAACGUCUCCCUGCAGGGGAAGGGGCUCGCCGGCACACUCCCGCCCGCCGUGGCGGGGCUCCGCGCGCUCACGGGGCUCUACCUCCACUACAACUCGCUCCGCGGCGGCAUCCCGCGCGAGCUCGCUGCGCUCACCGGCCUCACCGACCUCUACCUCGACGUCAACAACUUCUCCGGGCCCAUCCCGCCGGAGAUCGGCGCCAUGGCCUCCCUGCAAGUGGUGCAGCUGUGCUACAACCAGCUCACCGGGAGCAUCCCCACGCAGCUUGGGAACCUAAGCAGGCUCACCGUGCUGGCACUGAAGUCCAACCGCCUCAACGGCGCCAUCCCCGCCAGCCUCGGCGACCUGCCGCUGCUCACGCGGCUGGACUUGAGCUUCAACGACCUCUUCGGCUCCAUCCCCGUGAAGCUCGCGCAGCUGCACCAGCUCGUGGCGCUGGACGUCAGGAACAACUCCCUCACCGGCAGCGUGCCCGCCGAGCUGGCGGCGAAGUUGCAGGCCGGAUUCCAGUACGGGAACAACAGCGACCUGUGCGGCGCCGGGCUUCCCGCGCUCCGGCCGUGCACCCCGUCGGACCUCAUCGACCCGGACAGGCCCCAGCCGUUCAGCGCCGGAAUCGCGCCGCAGGUCACGCCGGGAGAUUCCUCCGAUUGCGGCGGCCACGGGCGGCGCAGCGGAUCCCGCUGCGGGCCUUCGACCAAGGCGCUUGUGGCCGUCGUCGUCAUCGCCGUGGCCCUCCUCGCGGCCACGGCGGCAGGUCUGUUCGCGUUCUCGUGGCGCCGGUGGCGCAGACAGAGGAUCGCGGGGGGCUCGCCGCCGGUCUCCGGCGGCCGAUGCAGCACCGAUGCGGCGCACGCCGCGAAGGUGUCGUCGGCCCGCAAGAGCGCGUCGUCCGCGCUGGCGAGCCUCGAGUACUCGAACGCCUGGGACCCGCUCGCCGACGGGCGGGGCGGCGCGGCCGGGUUCGGGUUCUCGCAGGAGGUGUCCCAGAGCCUGCAGAGGCUCAGCACGGAGGAGGUGGAGUCCGCGACGCGCUACUUCUCGGAGCUGAACCUCCUCGGGAAGCGGAAGAAGGCCGGCGGCUUCGCGGCCACGUACAGGGGCACGCUCCGCGACGGCACGCCCGUCGCCGUGAAGCGGCUGGGCAAGACGUGCUGCAGGCAGGAGGAGGCCGAGUUCCUGCAGGGGCUGAAGCUGCUCUCCGAGCUCCGGCACGACAACGUGGUCGCGCUGAGGGGGUUCUGCUGCUCCAGGGCGCGCGGGGAGUGCUUCCUGGUCUACGACUUCGUGCCCAACGGCAGCCUAUCGCAGUUCCUCGACGUCGACGAUGCCGGCGCCGGCGGCCGGGUUCUUGAGUGGUCCACGAGGAUCUCCAUCAUCAAGGGCAUCGCCAAAGGAAUUGAGUAUUUGCACAGCACAGGACCAAACAAGCCCCCGCUUGUGCACCAAAACAUAUCAGCAGAUAAGGUCCUGCUGGACUACACCUACAGGCCUCUCAUCUCUGGCUGCGGCCUGCACAAGCUCCUCGUCGACGACCUCGUGUUCUCGACCCUCAAGGCGAGCGCCGCCAUGGGGUACCUCGCGCCGGAGUACACCACGAUCGGGCGGUUCUCGGAGAAGAGCGAUGUCUACACGUUCGGUGUAAUUGUACUUCAGAUUCUCACCGGUAAGAGGAAGACGAUGCAGCUGCCCGUCGAGUCCAUUGACGUCGAGGAGCUCAUCGACGGGAACCUGCAGGGGAGUUACUCGACGGCCCAUGCUUCUAAGCUGGCGAAGAUCGCAUCGGUUUGCACUGGCGAGAACCCGGACCAAAGGCCGACGAUGGCAGAGCUGCUCCAAGAGCUGGGCACCAUCUGAUUUCAUUUCAUCCACUGUAAUUGUUCAUGCAAGUCACAUGCCUGACAGUGCCAUGAGCCUGUAGGCUGUAACCUACUUAUCUAGGAUCACUAAUCAGUAAUCGCUGAUCAUAGAAAGCAUCUGAGCUAGCUAGGUGCCAAUAUAUUGCCUAAGAUCAUGAGAUCUUGUAUCAUGCUAAUGAUGUGCCAUUACUGCUGCUCCGAAAAUCGUGCAUUGAUAGGCAGCCACCGUACCUUGGAUGUGCUCCGCCAUGGCUGUACCAUACUACUACCAUGCUAGGCGAAUGCAGCCAUUUCUUGCAGCACUUUUUGCUGAGCUCUUGUGACUCUCGAGUGUACCGGCAAUCCUGUGAACCAAUUUGGAUGGAUCCUGGGAUGGCUGGCACCGUGCAUUCAGGGAGGAAGAGCCAAGAGUCCUGGAAGGCAUGUGAGCUAUAAAUUCUUGUGUUGUCUU